AUGGCGCCCCUCGCGGAUUUUAUCCUUGCUCAUAUCCCGUUGCCCUCCGUUCCUCACUACCUCACGAGCUAUGUUAACGGUAAAACUCCCCUCUCCAGCAUGCAAGAGGUCGGCCCCGCCCUUGUUGCCUACCUCGUCAUCGUCUUCAGCACCCAGCAGUUCAUGAAGGACAGGCCUGCCUACAGGCUGCGAAUUCCAUUCCAGAUACAUAAUAUGUUCCUCAGCAGUGGCAGCUUGCUUCUAAUGUCCCUGAUCCUCGAGGAGGUCAUCCCGAUGGUUUGGAAGAACGGCCCGUUCUGGGGCAUGUGUUCGACGAACAUGUGGACAAAUCGUCUUGAAUUCUACUAUAUCAUCAACUAUUACUUCAAGUACCUCGAACUCAUCGACACCCUGUUCCUCGCCCUGAAAAAGAAGCCAUUAGCUUUCCUGCAUGUCUUCCACCACUCCGCGACUGCUCUCUUGUGCUAUACGCAGCUCAAUGGCCGCACUAGUGUGCAAUGGCUCCCUAUAUCGAUUAACCUAUGCGUCCACGUAUUGAUGUACUAUUACUACUAUGCAACUGCUGGUGGUGCCAAGAUCUGGUGGAAGAAGUACCUGACUACCAUGCAGAUUGUACAAUUCGUCAUCGACCUGUUUGCCGUGUACUUUGCUACCUACAACUACUACGCCGCGAACUACUUCCCCAACCUCCCCAACUUUGGUAGUUGUGCUGGAACGGAAAGUGCUGCGAUCUUCGGCUGUGUUCUACUCUCCAGCUAUCUUGUGCUCUUCAUCAACUUCUACAUUCAGACAUACAAGAAGGUUCCGGCUGGCAAGAGCAAGGGAAAGCCUAUCGCAAAUGGAAAGGCAAACGGUGUCGCGAACGGCCAUGGGCACAAGACUGAGUAAGGAUAUCAAUGAACCGCGACCACGACAAGGAGAAAGAGUGAAGCGAGCUGGAUCAAUUGGCACCGACGUUCAGGACGCGCGUCACUCUAUGAUACCCCCCAAAAUUCCUGUUUAAUUCUCCUUUGCCCUUCUCGUCCAGGGAACCAAUUUCGUUUGUUCGUAACAUGUUUCCUACUAUUCGUCGCUGUGCAUAAUUAGGGAACCUAGCGUCAACUUGCUUUGCUUCUAUGACGCUGGACCGAUUUUUUUUGGUUAUUACGAGGCAUGAAUAGACGACACGCAUACGACGAGCCAUUCAUAUUUUUCGCCCGCCGUGCGUUGAGGGUAUGCCGGCUAGUAGCCAAGUCUUGGCCUCAAUCAUUCUAUCAGAAUUCUGAACCCAGCGCUAUGCACGUCGAGAAUCUUGAGUUAAUCAAAUCGAUAGUAGUAGCAUAUGUUCUAUGCCGAGCUGA